CAGUAAAAGCCGGCGCUGUGCCGAGUUUUCUAUUUCGAUUCGGCUAUUUCGAAGAAUUUCAGUUAAAUUUUAGAAAAAUUCAAUCAAAAUGGGUGUUACAGUCUUGCAGCCAUAUCCAGUCGAUAACAAAUCUGGUGCACAAACGAUCGAGUUUUUAGUGAAACGCGUGUUAGCUUUGGGAGCAGUGCAAGUAGGACACUUCCUGGUGGAUUGUGAGACAUAUUCAUCAAUCCCACAGAUGGGCCCAACAAAAACUGUCCACAUCCUCCAUAACUCGGAACAACCUGCAUCGGUCUUUUCCAUACUGGACACGGGAACCAAGCAAAUCCCGCUGGUAACUGAUGGGCUAUUUGAUUUACUCAUGGCUCGAAUUUCUCCUGCUUACACAUCCAAGAAGCAAACCAAGAUUGAGUCCAAAGGACCUCGGUUCGAGUUUGGGGACUUUUUGAUUAAACUGGGCAGCGUCACCAUGAGCCAAAAUUUUAAGGGAGUUUUGGUAGAGGUGGAAUACCGACCGUGUCUUGUCGCUUCCAGCUGCUGGGAAUUGAUGAGAGAGUUCCUGCAAGGCUUUCUCGGGUCUAACGUGUCGAAUACGAUUCCCGCUUAUUUUGCCCAACGAAUAAAUAUUAAUACUAACCAUACAAAAGCGAAUGAUAUUUACCAACCUAUCGAUACUAUUAAUCAGUAUUUAGAACAUUUUUCGAACUACCGGAAACAAACAACUUCAUUGGUAGCACCCAGGGUUUAGAAAAUAGUUUUUGAUAGAUGUAUCGAUUAAGUGGUUUCUUUACGGAAUAAAUGCAUAUUUAUAUGUAAUAUAGUACUGUUACACUCCGAAAGCCAAACAAUAAAAAAAUUUUGUACUAUUAUACAGUAAACA